GGCCCAUUUCACACCAAGCCAGUCCCGUCACGUCCAGUCCAGUCGAGUCUGACGCUCUCGGAUUCAACACACGGUCAAACAAAUGCAUUUGUUAUCGGGACUGAUCAUGCGCUUUCACACCGAACCAGUCCCGUCCAGCUCAGUCCCGUCCAGUCAUACAGCGUCAAGUCCGUGACUCAGGAGGUUGAAUUAUUCUUCAGUCUUGGCCCGUCAUCUGUCGUGCUGAUACCGUGAAUGUCGAACGACUUUGAGUAUUAAUCAUGGAUGUAGAACAUCUUAUUUUGUUGGUGCGCGAUCGGCGUGAAAUUUAUGAUCCACAAGAGGCAAAACAUAGAGACCGCAAUUUCAUCAGCAGUUUGUGGAAGGAAAAAGCCGAAGAACUAGCCACAGAUGAUGCUACCGUGAAAAAUAAAUGGCAAAUUUUGCGAAGCAACUAUAUGCGAGAGAAGAGGAAGUUGAAGAGUCCACCAUCAGGCUCUGGAGCACAAAGCUCAAAAACAACAUGGCCUUUUAUGGAAUCCAUGAAUUUCUUGGACCAAACACUUAAGGCGAGGGAAACGUCCGGGAAUGUGCCUAGUGAUAUCCUUUUAAGGGAUGACAAUGAUGAACAGAUUAUUGACGAAGAACAACCAGAAGCUUCCAGGGAAGUGCAAAGCCAAGCAGGCUUCAAUAACCAAACUCCAGUAAGUACUAAGCGAGGAGGCAAAAAAAGAACACGUGAAGCUAGUGAUGUGGAUGAAAUGUACCUGGAGCAUCUAAACAAAAUAGCUAAGAGGGCAGAAGAUGACAAUGACCCAGACCUGAUGUUUCUGCGAAGUUUACUGCCUUCGAUAAAGCAACUUUCACCACUUAAAAAUUUAGAGUUUAAAGAAGAAGUUAUUAGUUUGCUAAAACAAAAAUUGCAUUUCAAUCAAAAUUAUCCAUAUCACACUGGCAUGUUGUCCGCCUCCUCAGUUUCCAAUCCAUAUUCCCCUGGUACAAAUUCUUAUCCAUCUGCCCCUACUCCGACUCCAACAUUCACCCAGGACCAUAAUCCUCCUAUAAAUGAUGUUACUUUUUAGAUGUAAAAAAUCAGAUAAAUAAACAGAUAAAUUUAAAAUGAUAAAAUUUCUGUUUUUCAUUCUUAUCUGUUCUCUUACCUUAAAAAUAUUGCCAGCCUCUGUUCUGAAGAAAUGGCUUCCCUGUAAUUUGUUCUUUGCUUGCUCACUUCAUCAACAAUCAUACUGUGCAAUGUGAAAAAGUUAUUAGGGCUCAUUCUGAAGUAAUUGUAGAAUUUCUUUUCGUCAUUUAAUAAGUCCGGAAAUAGAUGACUGAAUGAUCCUAGCAUAGGUCGUUUCAUAUUUAUAGGAUGUACCCAAAAUCUACGUCGCUGAAGUCUUCGUCUUCUCAACCUUCGAAUUAUUAUUGCACUUAAUAUGACAUCCAUCUUCAAAGAUACUUCCCAAAAGACUGUCGAUGAUUUGACUUAUUCAGUGUGAAAGCUUUUGACUGGUUUGACUUGACUGAUCUAGACGUGACUGGACUGGACGUGACGGGACUGGCUUGG